UGUCCCUCUUCUCUUUUAGUAUCCGGAGUGUGAUGCAGAAGUACCUCCAGGAGAGAAAUGAAAUAACCUUUGACAAGAUUUUUAACCAGAAAAUUGGUUUCUUGCUAUUUAAAGAUUUUUGUUUGAAUGAAAUUAAUGAAGCUGUACCUCAGGUGAAGUUUUAUGAAGAGAUAAAAGAAUACGAGAAGCUUGAGAAUGAAGAAGACCGCCUUUGCAGGAGCCGGCAAAUUUAUGACAAGUACAUCAUGAAGGAGCUGCUGUCUUGUUCGCAUCCGUUCUCAAAGCAAGCUGUAGAACAUGUACAAAGUCACCUAUCCAAGAAACAAGUGACAUCCACUCUUUUCCAGCCCUACAUAGAAGAAAUUUGUGAAAGUCUCCGAGGCAACAUUUUCCAAAAAUUUAUGGAAAGUGACAAGUUCACCCGAUUUUGCCAGUGGAAAAACGUAGAAUUAAACAUCCAUUUGACCAUGAAUGAUUUCAGCGUGCAUAGAAUCAUUGGACGAGGAGGAUUUGGUGAAGUGUAUGGUUGCAGGAAAGCAGACACUGGAAAAAUGUACGCAAUGAAAUGCCUGGAUAAGAAGAGGAUCAAGAUGAAACAAGGAGAAACAUUAGCCUUAAAUGAGAGGAUUAUGUUGUCUCUUGUGAGCACAGGGGACUGCCCUUUCAUUGUCUGUAUGACCUAUGCCUUCCAUACUCCAGAUAAACUAUGCUUCAUCUUGGAUCUGAUGAACGGGGGCGAUUUGCACUAUCACCUUUCCCAGCAUGGGGUAUUUUCUGAGAAGGAGAUGCGGUUUUAUGCCACCGAAAUCAUCCUGGGGCUGGAGCACAUGCACAAUCGGUUUGUUGUUUACAGAGAUUUGAAGCCUGCAAAUAUCCUCUUGGAUGAACACGGACACGUCAGGAUAUCCGAUCUCGGUCUUGCCUGUGACUUUUCCAAAAAGAAGCCACAUGCGAGUGUUGGCACCCAUGGGUACAUGGCUCCCGAGGUGCUGCAGAAGGGGACGGCGUAUGACAGCAGUGCUGACUGGUUCUCCCUGGGCUGCAUGCUUUUCAAACUUCUCAGAGGGCACAGCCCUUUUAGACAACACAAAACCAAAGAUAAACACGAGAUAGACCGGAUGACUCUCACCGUGAACGUCGAGCUCCCGGAGGCCUUCUCCCCUGAACUUCGGGCCCUCCUAGAAGGCCUGCUCCAGAGAGACGCUAGUAAGCGGCUUGGCUGCCGUGGAGGCGGGGCACAGGAAGUAAAGGAACACGGCUUUUUCAAAGGCAUUGACUGGCAGCAUGUCUACUUACAGAAGUACCCUCCACCCUUGAUUCCUCCCCGGGGAGAAGUCAACGCUGCCGACGCCUUUGACAUUGGCUCAUUUGAUGAAGACGACACCAAAGGCAUCAAGCUUCUUGAUUGCGACCAAGAUCUCUACAAGAACUUCCCCUUGGUGAUCUCCGAGCGCUGGCAGCUGGAAGUAGCAGAAACCGUUUAUGAAGCAGUAAAUGCAGACACGGAUAAAAUCGAGGCCAGGAAGAGAGCUAAAAAUAAGCAGCUUGGACACGAAGAAGAUUACGCUCUGGGAAAAGACUGCAUCAUGCACGGCUACAUGCUAAAACUGGGGAACCCGUUCCUGACUCAGUGGCAGCGUCGCUAUUUUUACCUCUUUCCAAACAGACUUGAAUGGAGAGGAGAGGGAGAGUCCCGGCAAAAUUUACUGACGAUGGAACAGAUUCUGUCUGUGGAAGAAACUCAGAUUAAAGACAAGAAAUGCAUUUUGUUGAGGAUAAAAGGAGGGAAGCAAUUUGUCUUGCAAUGUGAGAGCGACCCCGAGUUUGUGCAGUGGAAGAAGGAGCUGACCGAGACGUUUAUGGAGGCCCAGCGGCUGUUGAGACGCGCCCCCAAGUUCCUCAACAAGUCCCGCUCCAGCGUGGUUGAGCUGUCCAAGCCUCCCCUCUGUCACAGGAACAGCAAUGGCCUCUGACACCCAGGGCAGGAGGGUCCUGGGGAGACAGGGCCGCAAGGAAGCCCGUGCCGAGGGUUUUCAGCCCUUGAGAUGGAGCCUUUUGGAGAAGGCCGGGGGUCGGAGGUUCGGUCCCCGUGUCCCUAGGGCCCCUCCAUGGCCGGGAGGACCCAGGACGCUGAAGUGCUCCCAGUAAGAGCGCUGACCGCUGUCGGCAUGGGGCCGGCCAACCCCCCCCUACACACCCCCCUCCCCCCGAGUGCCUCCCUCUGCAUCACAUCUGUCCACGCUCGAAACUACUGAAGAAACAAGCGAAAGUUCUUUUCCUUCGUCGCGUCCCGGUUUGGGUAUCUAUGAACUUAGAACUUGGAAUGAUUCCUGCCCAUCCCUUCGAUCUGUACGUCUGACCGUCAGACACAUCUUGCGCUUGCCAGGACGGAGCGCAGCCCUCUGCCGCAUCGGGCACGGAUGGCCCGGGCACUGCCUCGUUCCACGUGCCAGUUUCCCCGGUGCCUGGUCCACGCGGCCGAAGGGCAGGACGUGGGCACACCCACCUCUCGUUCCCCGGGGCUGAAAGCCGAAGAUACUUGCCGAGAAGGCUGCACUUGGGCCCCCACCGUGUGUGCGGAACCACGGGUACCAGCCUGCCUCCGACAGGGAACAGAGGGAGUGUGCCCUCAGAGGACGUGGCCGUCGCUCGUCACUGAGGGCGUUCCACAGCGGAUCGUGGGAAGGCCUGGCGGGCUGUGAAGGCGAGGCCGUGGGGUUUUGGCUUCCGGGGCGACAGCGGUUUCUCAGACAUCUUCAAAUAAACACAUAGCACUUUCACAUGUCUGGGUGCACACGGCUGCUGGGGGGCGAGUCUGUCUAGGGUUCCGACAGUAAGCGGUUCCAGGACCCACUCGUUCUGGUUCCUUCUGCCUGCCCUCAGGACACGUCUCCAUAAUGGGUGUGUACAGGAAGGGAAGAAUCGCUCCGUUUCACGUCGUAGCGUAACUUACAGUGAAUUUCAUUGACUAAAGGAUACUGAAGAAUGAAUGUGUCCAGAUGGGCUAACCGCAUCUGUUGACUUUCCUGUCGACCUUGGCCUGUCGUUAGUGAGUAGUACUUGCCCCCCCCCCCCCCCCGUGGGUCGCCCCGCGCCUGACACAGCAGGGGAGCGGAAAGGCCCUUCCCCUGAUCCCGGAGGCAUCUUGUCAUCUCCCCCCACCCCUGUCUUGCUCUCCCGCCACACGCCCUGCGCCCUUUUCACGCCCCAAAUAAAUGCUGGGCUGUAAGAAGCGGUGAUUUUCCCAGUGCAGUCCUCUCUCUCAUCAGACUAAAAAUAGUAACAAUAAUUUUUUUAAAGUCCA